AUGCCCACUGUGUGCCAGAUGAAUCCUGCCAACAUUGUUCAGUGUCUAGCAGAGCUAGUGAACACAAACUUGAAUUUAACUCAAACAGAUUUUACACAGAAAGGGCGAGAAGUGGCUCAAAACCUCUCAGAAACAAUCACAUCCUUCACUAACUGUCAUCAGUUUCAUUAUGAAGAAGAUACUACCGUGGAUCUAGAUGAAAAUUCAGACGUCUAUAGUGAUAGUGAUAAUGAAAAACCGUAUCAAGAGAUUGGCAGUAGCGAUAAAGCGGACGACAAAUGGGAAAAUAAAGAAAAUGACGUAGAACCACGUCAUUUUUCAGAUUAUUCUGUAGAGUUCAUGAAAGCAGUUGUAGCAUUCGCUGAUGAAACAAAUGCGUCUGGUAAACGUCGAAGAUCUUGGAAAAUAGUGCUUGGAAAACGCUGCCCGGUUCCUAGCUGUUGUACUUCGAAAAAACAGCAUAUUUAUUUAAGACAUUUAAAAAAUGAAUUCCAAGAAUUAUUAACGUUUCAUCCACAGGAAUGGUUAAAUGGACUUAAACCUAAUCGAAAUUAUCCGUUAUUUCUUCGAGGUGAUAUCGAUGGAUUUAUAACACUAUUUAUUAAUAAUUUAGCUACUUUAUUAGCUGUUGUUUUAAGUUUAACACCUAUUCUAGGCGAUCAAAUUGUCUAUGGAAGAAUUUUACCAGGUUUUGGUCUAUCAAUGUGUUUUGGCAAUGUUUACUAUGUAUAUAUGGCAAGAAAAUUGGCAUGGAAAGAAAAUCGCUCGGAUGUUUGUGCACAACCUUAUGGAAUUAAUACACCUGGUGCGUUUGCAUUUAUUUAUAGUAUAAUUUUUCCAACAUAUUAUAGUUGUUUACAGCAACAUUUCUCGAUUGAUUAUUGUCGUGAUCUAUCUUUUUAUGUUGCGUUAGCUAGUAAUUUUGUUACUAGUUGUAUUCUAUUAGUUUUAUCGUUAUUCGGUGAAUAUAUUCGGCGUUAUACACCUGGUGUCGCUCUUCUUUCGUCAAUAUCGGCACUCGGUUUUGUUUACCUCGCACUGAACGAGUUUUUAGAAAUGAAUACAGUGCCUAUUGUUUCAUUCGUUCCAUUUGCUAUUGUGAUGAUUGGAUAUCUUGGCAAUGUUAAAUUUGGUCCUUUGCCUGUCGCACUCGUUGCUCUCAUUAGUGGAACAGCUCUCGCUUGGAUUUGUCAAUUAAAUACUGGUCAUGCUGUUGUUGAAGCAAGCAAGUUGAUUAAGGGUUAUGCACCGGUAUUUCCCGUUAAAGAAAUGUUCAAAAAUUUGGCUAAUAUUGGUCCGUAUCUUUCAACGUCAAUUCCGACAGCUAUUUCGAUCGCAGUUGGAACAAUACAAUGUGUUGAAUCGGCUAAGCGAAAUGGAGAUUUUUAUCCAACAAGAGAAUCGUUGUUAGCCGAUAGUAUAGGAACAUUGACCGCUGCUCUAUUUGGAUCGAUUCUGGGCAUGACAGGUAUGUCAAAAAAUCCGUUUAUGUGCUUUUUUGAUCUGAACAACAUUAUUUUGAAAUGAACUAACUAACGAGGGAAGUAACCCCAACUGAUAAAUCGCUUUUUCAACGAAAUCGAGUGGACUAUAGGUAGUCGACGAUGCUGAUUCCGAAUAUCACCAUGAAUGCUGCUGAUAGGCCUUCAAGAACCGAUCUUCUGGAAAAC